AUGACAACUCUCAUUUUAUUCACAUUUAUUGUACUUUCUUUUGGAAAAACUUGGUGUUGGAGUGACGAUUAUAAUGAUUAUGUUAAAUAUAAAUACACAAAGAAAUCAAAUUGUAAUGGAAAAGGAUGGAGUUACUCUUCAGAGAGUGUUAUUAAUAGACAAACUUAUCGUUUUGAAAUAAAAAAUAAUGAAAUAGGAUCAAUCAAAAAGUUUAGUGAUAUUGAAGGAAGUAUAAAUGAUAGAGAUAUGUAUUUUUCAUUUUCACCAAAUUUUCAAUCUAAUUCCUUUAAAGUGUUAAUAGUUGAAACUAACCGUCCAAAAAUAAUAAUAUGGAUUUAUCAUAAACAUGGAACUGAUGGUCUUUUUGUUGGUAUUGGUUGUUUUGAAAGUGAUAAUUGUCGUAAAAGUAUUAGUAAUAAUUAUGGAGCUUAUAUUUAUAUUUUUGAUAAGUCAAUUAUUGUUUAUUCUAAAAUGGAUGAGAAAUGGGUUAUUGAUUUCAGUAAUCGAGCUGUAAAUUAUGAAACUAAAACAAUUCCAUUCAUUUAUAUUGACGGUGAUGAUAAACAAACUGUUUCAUGUAAGUUUACAACUGACUUAUUUAGUGGAAGAAGUUAUAAUGACCCACAGAGGUAUUUAUUCACUGGUAAAAUCGAUUCUGUGACUAAGAUUGAUAGUAUGAACAACAAUUUUAUCAUAAAGUCUGUAUGUUCAAGAACAGUUAAUGACAAUACAAUUCAACGAUAUAUGGCAAUUGACUCUUCAGAUACUUCAUUACACUCGAUAUGUGAUUGUACUUCUCAAUCAAACAUAAUAUCUACUAAUAAAUCUAAUUAUGACUUUGUUGAUUGCUCAUCUAAUAGUACUUAUUUUGACCUUAGAUUUAACCAAACAAGUUCUACAUCAAUUCAAUUCCAAGUGUUUGAAUGGUAUUCAAUUAUUCCAGAGCCAGAUAAACAUUACUCAUUUUCUGUUCCUGAAAACAAAGAAUUGAAUGUUCUGGAGUGCAGGUUUGAAUCAACUUCAAUUACUCUUGUUGAGGGAAAGAUGACUUGUCAUUCAUUGUUUAUUGAUGCAAAAUCAACUAUUGUCAUAAAAGAAGCAUCAUCUUUCUCAGUUUCAACCGUCACAACACUUGGAGAAAUUAACAAUCUAAAUCAGAAUGGAAUUAUUAUCAACUUUGGGACAUUGUCUAGCAUUGACACUCCUAUUAUUAUCACAACUGAUCAGUCUCAAUCAACAUGUUUUGAACUUGUUUCUUCAAAUCUACCUAUUAAUGUCAUUAUAAAUGGUGGUUAUGUAUUAGAAAAGAAACUACUUAGAAUAUGUCCAUCAAAUGACAUUGAUUCAAAUAUUGUUUGCACACUGAAAACAAAUACAAUAAAUAAUACAAAUACAUACCAAAAUGUUGAAGGAACAAUUGUUCAUUGUCCAUGUUAUGGUUUGAGUUGUAUCACAAAAUUUAGUAAAGAAGAUACACUUAUUAUUUCAUCAGAAUAUCAAGGUAUUAUUGAGUUGAUUAACUCUACUACACAAGUCAUUGAACAACAAUAUAAAUCACUUAGUACAUUAAGAAUAAAAGGAAUUAAAAACAUUGCUAUCAUUACUACAAAUUCAAAAACUUCAAAUAACUUUGUACUAAAUAUUGAAGCUGGAAGUAAGAUAUUAGUCACUGGAAAUGAAAUAGGAUUUUCUCAAAACAGUACAAAUAAACUUUCAACGAAAGUAGGAUCAGAAUAUCCAUGUCAAGCAUUAUUCUUUAAUGGAGAAACAAGUGAAUGCAGUAAAUGUAAAAACACAAUGAUUGAUGAAUAUUGUCCAUUUGAUAAUGAAAUACCAAAGCAUUGUUUAAAAUACAAAUCAUUAGAUGAAUGUAUUCAAUGUGAAGAGAAUUAUUACUUAGAAGAUAAAUUAUGUACCAUAUGUCCAACAAAUUGUUUAAAGUGUUUAAAUGGAGUAUGUAUUCAAUGUAAAGAUAAUUAUUUCUUAGACAAUGGAAGUUGUUUGAAUAAAACAGAUCCAAAUAUUCAAUUGAUAAUAAAUAAUGUAGUUAUGAAAUGUCGUGACUCUUUUUAUUCUAUUGGAAAUGAAUGUUCUUCUUGCUCAACGAAUUGCCAAUAUUGUUCGAUAAAUGAUAGAGGGUAUGAAGAGAGUGUAUGUUCUAUUUGUUCAAAUUCAACUAUUCUUACUUCAUCUCAGCAAUGUUCAACAAUUCCAAAUUCAGAAAGAACAAGUAAUAUAAACGCAAUAGAGUGUGAAAGUAAAUACAAAAUAGUCAAUGGAAAAUGUGAAUCAUGUAAUCAAUUUGGUUCUUUAUGUCAGAAAUGUACUUCUAAUCAGUGCAUUCUUUGUUUAGAUGGGAUUAUUAAUGAAAAUGGUAUUUGUGUAGACCCAACAACAACAGGAUGUUUAAAAAAAGAUGACAUAAAAACAAGUUAUUGUAUGAGAUGCAAAGAUGCAGACAAAUAUUAUGAUGGGACAAGUUGUGUAAAUACAAACAACUGUUUAACAAUGAGAAACAAAGAAAUGUGCUAUGAAUGUCAACAAGGAUAUAUUUAUAACACAAAAACCUCUCAGUGUGUUAAUAAAACAAAUUUACAGACAAAUGUACUAGAAAGAUGUAUCAUUUGGAGAGGUGAACAAAAAGAUUUAUGUUUAAGGUGUCAAGACAAUUAUUAUUAUGACAAAGAAUUACAGUCAUGUGUUGGUUGUAGUUCAGAAUGUUUAACCUGUUCAAAUAAAGAUAUUUGUUUCACUUGUAAAGAAGGAUAUUCAUUAAUAAAUACAAGUUGUAUUUUAUCAUCAACAAUUAUUCAAAAUUGUAGAUUACUUAUUGUUGGAGGAAGUAAAUGUGCUAUUUGUAAUUCUCAUUAUUACAGAACGAAUGAUGGGUUAUGUGAAAAAUGUUUAGAACAUUGUAAUUUAUGUUAUAAAGAUGACACUUGUAAUGCAUGUGAUGAUAAUUAUUUCUUAUUAGAAAAUGCAACAGAAUGUAUAUCAUUUGAUGAAUUAACACAUUGUAAAAUAAAGAUGAGUGAAGGAUGUGAGUAUUUGAUUUACCGAAGGGUGAUUUUAUUCUUUCUUUUUAAUUUGUCUAAGAAAUAUUUAUGA